AUGGCCGACUCCGACCCCAAGAAGCAACAGGAUUCCCUCAUCAUAACGGCCAAAAAAUGGGGAGCAAUUCUCCUGACUGCUCUCCUAGAAAACCCUCUCCCACCAGCCGUCCUCGCAACCCUCGUCUUCGCCCAACAUGCUAGACCGUUUCAGCCAAUGCCCAUGAUCUUCCCACCUCUACUGCUCUUCAGCACGUAUCUCAACAUACGUGGCUACAAGAUCGACUCUGCCGGCACCACUGCUGCUCUGUCUGGCGCAUAUCUUGUCAUUGCAGCUAGGCGGAAAGCCGGCCUAUGGAACAAGUUUGGCACAAGAGGCAUAGUUAGAGGAGCCACGAUGGGUCUGGCUUUGGCGAACGUGGUAGGCGGUGGUUUGGGCUACAUGUUCGGGAGCCGGAAGAAGGAGUCGGAGGAGAAAGAUGGGGGCUUGUGA